GCCUCCGUGUCUUCUUCCUUCACCAGCCAUAGCUAUACAGCGACAACAAGGAGAGAAAAUUAGAAACACAGAUCAAGGAGAAGAGAACUCCGCAGCUAAUCAGCAAUGGCGACCAAGAUCUACAUAGUGUACUACUCGACCUGGGGACACGUCGCGACGCUGGCGGAGGAGAUGAAGAAGGGCGCCGACUCCGUCCCCGGCGUCAAGGUCACCGUCUGGCGGGUGCCGGAGACGCUGCCAGAGGAGGUGCUCGGGAAGAUGCACGCGGCGCCGGGGCGUGAGGACCACCCCGUCAUCACGGCGAGCCAGCUGUCCGAGGCCGACGGCAUCCUGUUCGGCUUCCCGACGCGGUUCGGCAUGAUGGCGGCGCAGAUGAAGGCCUUCUUCGACUCCACCGGCGGCCUCUGGCAGGCGCAGAGCCUCUCCGGCAAGCCCGCGGGCGUCUUCUUCGCCACGGGCACCCAGGGCGGUGGGCAGGAGACCACGGCCCUCACCGCCGUGACGCAGCUGACGCACCACGGCAUGCUGUUCGUGCCGGUCGGGUACACGCACGGCGCCGGCAUGUUCGCCAUGGACGAGGUCAAGGGUGGCAGCCCGUACGGUGCCGGUACCUUCGCUGGAGCCGAUGGCAGCAGGGUGCCCAGUGAUGCCGAGCUCGCCCUCGCGGCGCACCAGGGCAAGUACUUUGCCGGUAUCGCCAAGAAGCUCAAAGCCGUCUGAGCUCCGAUCACCAGCCGUGUCCCAUGAUCCAUAUAAACUAGACAAUGGACGCGAUCGAGUGCAUCAGUGCAAGAUGAUUUCACACAUCAUUUUCAGUGGAGCAGAUUUACACAAUUCUAGACAAUUCAACUGUACUGCAUUUAAUUUCUUGUUUGGACAAAUAAUAUAAUUUCUUGUUCUGAGUGGAGCAUUCGGUCUUGGUUUA